AUGGACGCCGACGACCUUUUUGACGUCUUUGAUGAGGAGAAUGUCGGCCGGAUCAACCCCGAAGAGCCCGCCGCUCCUCUUCCUGUGCCCAAGGCGACUGCCCCAGCGAAGCGCAGUCGGGAGGCGACUCCUGUGAGCAAGGAUGCAGCAAGGGAUGAGAAGAGGAAGAAGACGGAUACUAAGCCUGAAUCGAAGCGCUCUAAGCCGGCACAGGCACCGCAGGCUCCGCUUGUGACAGACUCGUUUGAAACCGAAGCAUCGCGUGAAGUCGCUCCGUCCGCUGGACUGGGGGCCGCACCAACUACGGAAGGGCCCAUCAUGGUCUUGAAUCACCAAGUCCGUCACCAAGUCGCUUUGCCGCCCAACUAUCCCUAUGUUCCCAUCUCGGAACAUAAGCCUGUCCAGCCUCCCGUUCGCGAAUAUCCAUUCAAGCUUGAUCCCUUCCAGGCAGUGUCUGUGGCCUCCAUCGAACGUCAGGAGAGUGUGUUAGUCAGUGCCCAUACGUCUGCAGGAAAGACCGUUGUAGCAGAAUAUGCUAUUGCGCAGAGUUUGCGAGACAAGCAGAGAGUCAUCUACACUUCGCCAAUCAAGGCACUGAGUAACCAGAAAUAUCGAGAACUCCUUGCUGAGUUCGGGGACGUGGGUCUUAUGACCGGUGAUGUCACUAUCAAUCCUCAGGCUUCCUGCUUGGUCAUGACUACCGAGAUUUUGCGUUCUAUGCUUUACCGUGGUUCUGAGGUGAUGCGCGAAGUGGCGUGGGUUAUCUUCGACGAGGUCCACUACAUGCGUGACAAAGCCCGUGGUGUCGUUUGGGAAGAAACGAUGAUUCUCUUACCGGAUAAGGUUCACUACGUCUUCCUUUCCGCCACGAUCCCCAAUGCUAUGCAGUUCGCGGAAUGGAUCGUGAAAAUUCACAACCAACCGUGCCACGUUGUGUACACCGACUUCCGUCCCACACCUUUGCAGCACUAUCUCUUCCCCGCAGGCGGUGAUGGUAUCCAUCUCGUUGUGGAUGAAAAGAGUGUGUUCCGAGAGGACAACUUCCAGAAAGCUAUGGGCGCGUUAACCGCAAAGCAGGGAGAAGAUCCUUCGGCAGAGCCAUCUAAGAAAGCAGGGAAGACCGGAAAGUCGGGCAAGGGUGGAACGAAGGGCCCAUCCGAUAUCUACAAGAUCGUGAAGAUGAUCAUGUUGAAAAAUUAUAAUCCGGUCAUUGUUUUCAGUUUCAGCAAGCGUGAGUGCGAAGCUCUGGCUUUGCAGAUGAGUAAAAUCGACUUCAACAAUGAUGCUGAGCGCGAUAUGAUCAGCCAAGUCUUCAACAACGCCAUGAACUCGCUUUCCGAAUCAGAUCGUCAGCUACCUCAGAUCGAACAUAUCCUUCCAUUGCUUCGCCGGGGUAUCGGUAUUCAUCAUUCAGGAUUGCUACCAAUCUUGAAAGAAGUUAUUGAGCUCCUUUUCCAGGAGGGCUUGCUGAAGGUGUUGUUUGCUACGGAAACCUUCUCCAUCGGUCUCAACAUGCCUGCCAAAACAGUCGUCUUCACGAGUGUGAGAAAAUUCGACGGUAAGGAUUUCCGGUGGGUGUCGGGAGGUGAAUAUAUUCAGAUGUCUGGCCGUGCUGGUCGUCGUGGUCUCGACGACCGUGGUAUUGUCAUCCUUAUGUGUGAUGAGAAGAUGGAGCCAGCCGUUGCUAAGUCCAUGGUCAAGGGCCAGGCUGAUCGACUCGAUUCUGCGUUCUAUCUGAGUUACAACAUGAUUUUGAACCUUAUGCGCGUGGAAGGCAUUACACCAGAGUUUAUGCUCGAAAGGUGUUUCUAUCAAUUCCAGAACAAUGCGGAGAUUCCGGUGCUGGAGAAAGAGCUUCAAGAGUUGGAACAUUCAAAACAGAGUUUCAGCAUUGAGGAUGAAUCAACUGUUGCCGACUAUUACAAUUUGAGGCAGCAACUCGACACUUACGCGAACGACAUGCGCGCCGUUGUCAAUCAUCCGGACUACAGCAUCCCUUUCAUGCAGGCAGGACGUCUUGUACGCGUUAAACACCAGGGUGUGGACUUUGGUUGGGGGGCUGUGGUGAAUUACAACAAGCGCACUGCUCCUAAGAACUCUACCGAGGUUUUCGCGCCGCAGGACUCGUACAUCGUUGAUGUUCUGUUGUGGGUGACGGAGGAUUCAUUCCCGUCCAAGAACAAGAACGAGUUUUUGGCUGGCAUGCGUCCUCCAAAGGAAGGCGAGCCUAGCAAGAUGGAGGUUGUGCCUGCGCUGCUUUCAGCGCUCGAUGGCAUCGGUCAUUUGCGUAUCUUUUUGCCAAAGGAUCUCAAGCCAUUAGAGCAGCGUAACACCGUGCGCAAAUCGAUUGAAGAGGUCAAGCGACGCUUCCCCGACGGCAUUGCUUUGUUGGAUCCGAUAGAAAACAUGAAUAUCAGGGAUGAGUCCUUCAAGAAACUCUUGAGGAAAAUUGAGAUUCUCGAAUCGCGUCUUCUGUCGAAUUCGCUCCAUAACUCCCCGCGUCUCGCUGAACUGUACGAGAAGUAUGCUGAAAAAAUGGCUGUGGAUGGCAAAAUCAAGGCCACAAAGAAAAAGAUAUCGGCUGCGAACUCGAUUGCCCAGUUGGACGAGCUCAAGUGCCGCAAGCGUGUACUCCGUCGUCUUGGGUUCACCACGGCAGCCGAUGUUAUCGAAAUGAAGGGCCGGGUGGCUUGCGAGAUUAGCAGCGGUGAUGAGCUUCUCCUUACUGAGAUGAUAUUCAAUGGUGUCUUCAAUGACCUCACUGCUGAGCAGUGUGCGGCUUUAGUGAGUUGUUUCGUUUUUGACGAGAAGAGCGAUGAAGCGCCGAAGUUGCAGGAGGAGCUUGCGGGCCCGCUGCGGCUCAUGCAAGAGAUGGCCCGGCGCAUUGCUAAGGUAUCGCAGGAGUCCAAGCUGAAUAUUGUUGAGGACGAAUACGUCAACUCUUUUAAGCCGGCCUUAAUGGAUGUUGUGUUUGCUUGGGCAAACGGUGCCACAUUUGCAGCCAUCUGCAAAAUGACCGAUGUGUAUGAAGGUUCUCUCAUUAGGGCCUUCCGUCGCCUUGAAGAGAUCUUGAGACAGUUAGUUGCCGCUGCCAAGUGCAUUGGCAACACUGCGCUCGAGAACAAAAUGAGCGAUGCCAUUGUGAAGAUCAAGAGGGACAUUAUCUUUUCAGCAUCCUUGUACGUGUAA